CUUCCUCCCUAGCCUCUUCUCCUUCCUCUCCCCUCUGCCCUUCCUCGGUCCUAAGCUCCCACUUUCCAUCUCCACACUCCGGGCAUCUUGCCUGCAGACCGUCACCUGCACUGAAACCCAUUAGUGCACCCUCCCGCGACGGGUCUCUCGAAGACCCUCCGCCUCCUGGUGCCCCGAAGCACUGUUCCCGCUUUCCGGGUUCCUCCCCCAUCACCCGCAACGCUACCCCGCACCCUCUCCCUCCACAUCUUUCCUUCCCCUCCCCGCGAAGUUUCAGGGCUGUCAGUCCGGGAGUCUUUCGGGCAGCCCGCACCCAAGCUGCAGGCAGCCGGCGCCAUUGUGCAAACGGCCGCCCGGGACCGGAGGCCCGAGCGCCUGGGUCCCCAAAGCGGGCCGCGGCACGUAGCCGCAGGAGCCCGCCAGGGUCUGUGGCCUGAUCACCUAGGAGAGCCACUCCUGGUGGCCAUGAGAGAGACCCUGGAGGCCCUGAACUCUUUGGGAUUCUCAGUGGGACAGCCAGAGAUGGCACCCCAAAGUGAGCCCAGGGAUGGGUUCAGUAAUGCCCAGGAGAAGAUGUCAUCUAGAGAUGAGAGCACACUGCACUCGUGCUCAGGGCCUGAGACCCCUGGCCAGAAAGAAGGUAUCCACACAGAACAAGCUGAAGCUCCUUGUAUGGGCAGCCAGGCCUGUAUCCCACAGAAGGCCGAGCCUGCAAGCUCUGUCCCAGGGGAGGAAUGGAUGAUUCGGAAAGUGAAGGUAGAGGAUGAGGACCAGGAGGCAGAGGAGGAGGUGGAAUGGCCCCAGCAUCUCUCCUUCCUUCCCAGUCCUUUUCCUACUCCUGACUUGGGUCAGUUGGCUGUUGCAUACAAACUGGAGCCAGGGACUCCGGGGACACUAGGUGGAAUCGCGCUGUCCGGGUGGGCGCCGAUCCCUGAGAAGCCUUAUGGCUGCGAGGAAUGCGAGCGGCGAUUCCGGGACCAGCUAACUCUGCGGCUGCAUCAGAGGUUGCACCGAGGUGAGGGUCCUUGUGCCUGCCCGGACUGUGGCCGCAGCUUCACGCAGCGUGCUCAUAUGCUUCUGCACCAACGCAGCCACCGCGGAGAGCGUCCCUUCCCGUGCUCAGAGUGCGAUAAGCGUUUCAGCAAGAAAGCCCACCUGACCCGCCACCUGCGCACUCACACUGGCGAGCGUCCCUACCCGUGCGCCGAAUGCGGCAAACGCUUCAGCCAGAAGAUUCACCUAGGCUCGCACCAGAAGACCCACACUGGCGAGCGGCCCUUCCCCUGCACGGAAUGCGAGAAGCGUUUCCGGAAGAAGACGCACCUGAUCCGCCACCAGCGUAUCCACACGGGUGAGAGGCCCUACCAGUGCACCCAGUGUACACGCAGCUUCACCCACAAGCAACAUCUGGUGAGACACCAGAGGGUGCACGAUGCUGCUAGCCGCACCCGGUCCUCUCCCGACAUUCCUGCUACUCCCCACUCCCCGACCGCGUCUCUUGCUCCGUCCCCUACUGGGCCCAAGCCUUUCGCCUGCUCCCAUUGCGGGCAGAGCUUUGGCUGGAAAAAGAACCUCGCUACGCACCAGAGCCUGCACCUCACCGAGGGUCGUCCUUUUGGGUGCGAUGAAUGUGCACUCGGCACCAACGUGGACCCCGCUGCCGAGCCCUCCGCCUGCACUCCCCACGCGCCUGACUGUGGCCCGGGUUCGGGGCCCGUGGCACCCCAGCGCACGACCUCUAGCGAGCGCUCCUUCUUCUGCCCCGACUGCGGGCGCGGCUUCGCCCACGGGCAGCACCUGGCCCGGCACCGGCGCGUGCACACGGGUGAAAGGCCAUUUGCCUGUGCUCAGUGUGGCCGCCGCUUCGGCUCACGACCCAAUCUAGUCGCCCACUCCCGGGCUCACAGCGGCGCCAGACCUUUUGCCUGUGCACAGUGUGGCCGCCGCUUCAGUCGCAAAUCUCACCUGGGCCGCCACCAGGCAGUGCACACUGGCAGCCGCCCCCACGCUUGCGCCGUCUGCGCCCGCUGCUUCAGCUCCAAAACCAACCUGGUCCGCCACCAGGCGAUCCAUACGGGCUCCCGUCCCUUUUCCUGCCCUCAGUGCGCCAAGAGCUUCAGCCGCAAGACCCACCUGGUGCGGCACCAACGCAUCCAUGGGGAAGCGGCCCUCCCAGCCUCAGCCUCAAACCUCUCUGCUCCAGCCUGGUCCAAUCCCUCCGAGGUGGUACCGCCUCCAAUCUUCUUCUAAGCCGAAUUCUGACCCGCACCCUGCCUUUCCCGACAGAUUUGGGAGACUAAGUGGGUUUUCAAUAUUCACACCUAGGUUGCUGCCAAAGCACCAGGACACUUGAGUCUUUGUCCUUUCUUGAAUGUUAGUUAAGAAGUCCGAAAAACAUACUUAGCUCUUGACAGUUACGACAAAGAACACAGAGAGACUACCCUUGCAGAUACCACACUGAGAACCAGACAUUUCUGGGGAUCAACCAGGUCAAGGGGAGACUGACUGAGCAGGAAACCUCUAAAUAGAAGGAAAGAAUAGUUAUUUAUGUACUUGAAGGUCAUUAACGUUCAGAUCUGAAGUCCUGGGGCUGUUCACUGAGCCAGGGGAGGAAAGCCUGACUCUUGUACUCACUGCCACCUCCGACCACAGGAAAAGACCUUUCCUGUCAGUUCAGGGAAGUAAACUUAGCUAGCUGGUUCUUCCUAACCAAAGUGUAUUAUUCACAGAUGCCAAACAACUACCAUGGUUCCUUGCGCGCUCGUGUGUCUGUGUCACACAAGUUUGGCUUGGAGGGGGAGGUGAGGACCAAAGGACCAAAGGCUGCUUCCAGGGGCCCAGCAUUGUUACUGUAGGUGCUGCAGCUCCAUACCACCUGUUUGCAGCCCUUCGAGAGACUUCCCAGAAGCAUCCUUACCUGCACCUGCCUAGGAGGUAAUGAGGAGGCAGCGCUUGAACAGGCCAUUAAAAGUUGUUUCUAUGUUGCCUUUUCGACCAGUUGUCUCCUUGUGAGGAGUGCUGGAGCCUGAAGGCACUACAACUGUACACCCACCUGGGCUGACAGCAGCAGAGGGGCUGCCUGACCGGAGGGAGCAGUGGGGGGAUGGGGUCUGAGUUUAGAGAGAACUAUUUUGGAUUCGACCUCUUAGAGAACUUGGAGGGAAGCCUUUACUCUCCUGGAACUUCAAUUUCUCAUUAAAACGAGAGCUGGUGUUGAUGAAA